CUGCUAAAUGAAGUGUUUGUUCCUAUUUCAGCUGUUCGCCCUGUUCUUUCGCACGGUGGAUAUAAUAACGACGAUCCUGGCAAACAAUUCGAUGUUGGAGGAGUAUUUUGCAAAGCCCUUCACCACUCAGGAAAAUUAAUGUGUGUUAGGCCACGCAAAGAAGAAAGAGGCGACUUUUCGGACCGCAAUGCCGAUCGUGUUGUCGUUGAGUUUGACAGCCUACAGGUAGGGAUUUAUAUUCUGAAUUUGAACAUGUUGUUAACUAAAGUGAUCAGCCGUGCCAUCAAGAGAGGAGGCUUGCACCCAAAUAUAUUUUAAAGAGAAAAAAUAAUUGCCAAAAUAUUUGGUAUUUAGUCACUUAUUAGUUACGAUAUACUAUUCAGUUUAUUUAUUAAAGCAAGAAACAUACUAGAAAAAUAGACAAGAACUUUUAGUAGGUAUAAAAAUGUGUGUGUAUUUAACGUUGAUAUAAAACGGAAGCUAAUGUAAAAUGAAUAUAAAUUAAAAUGUAUAUCCUCUAAACCUAGAGAAAUAUAUGCCCCUUAUAUAUAUAUAUAUAUAUAUAACCCUAAACCUACUGUGUCCUUGUACUUAGUAAAUAAUAUACAACUAUCUCCCGAGGGGGAAGAGAAAAGUGGUAACUAUUACCGUGAGGCGCAGCGUCGAGGUAUAUAUCUAGCGCCAUGAACCGACCCUGAGGGGGAUAGUUGUUUUAGAGUUUAAAAAAUCAGUUGGAUAGAAAUGAAACAAGUAUCUUUUUUUACGAUCUUGGUGCAAAUUCAGCAUCAAAAUCAUUUUCUACCUACCAGUAAACACUGACAAGCCAAAGUUCGUGGAUUUCUUGGUAUUUGCUUGAACGACUGCUUCAUUUAUCGCUCAAAUUUCGUCUUUUGAAAAUGUUUCGAAACGAGACACCAUCUUGGCUCCGGUCGCAAAACAGUGAAUAGCCAAGGAUAUUCCGAGAUACGGGAGCCAAUCAAAACGCGCGAAAAUUGAAAUUGCUAUUCACUGAUUUGAUAAAUUAAUUAAAGAAAGAAAUACCUGAGCAUUAGUUUUAUACGGUACGUUAUUUAAAUUUCUAUAGCGACCUAUAAGUUGAAAUAACUUCGUUCUAAAAUAAGGGAUGCUACUCGCCUCGCUAAUGACUUGGGGAAUACGAUUUCACAGGUUACAGCUAGCAUAUGAGAAAAUUAUAUCUCGAAAGCGAGAUUUCAGGGAGCAGGUCGCUCCAUGCGCUUCUCACGGCCUCUGAUUUAUACUUACGCUGUUUGACAGUGGGCAAGUUAUUAAUGUACGAAGGUCCCGCUUACAAAGCCCACAAAACUACAACAAGAACAAUAAACAAAAUAACAAAACACAAAAAAAGAAACUAACGUCGCUGGAGUGAAAGGUCAAAAGCUUAAACAUUACAGUAAUCCAAGCUCGUGAUAGUUAGAAGUUAGAACACUAAUUUGGUCAGAAAUGAAUCAAAUCUUCAUCUACAGGAACGAAACAGGGGUGGAAACAGUGUCGGAAAAGUCAGUCGCCGAGGGCAUUUGUUCAACGCGUUUGCUGAUCAAGAUUUUACCUUCUCGCCCCUGGAACUUGCUAAUUACCAAGGACUGCGUGUCAAGAACUUUAACUUCACAUCCACGCUCAGGGGACCAAAUGCAACCCUGACAGUUAUGGCGUAUAUGUUUCAAGACGAAGGAAACAUCACCUUUGGUAACGAGACAUCAGAGAUGAGAAAGGGCAUGCUCAAGUUUAACAUUCAGGUAGAGCGGGGGAUUGUUAAUAGAGACUCGAUCAAUUCCUGAAGAUAUCCAUCUCCUCUCACUUUGCAGGCCCCAUUCUUAACCUCGCUUCCCCACAAUAAUCCACACUUACUAUUUAAUGUCACAUUUUUAAAGUAUUCAGCCUCCUAACUCUCAAUUUCACUCGACCAGCUACAUUUAAUAAGCAUAAUGAGCCCCAAACGUAACGAAUACAUAUCAUAGAAGGUUACGGUACGAUCCGCCGUAAGUUCCCGCCUUUGGCGACCAACCCAAGAAUACCCCAGCCCUGGCGGGUCUAGGAGGACAAACACACAGUUUUCCCAUUAUCAAACCAAGCGCAUACAGUCCCAUUUUGUAAUUAAGUUCAGAUAUAACGCGCACUAUGAUUGGUUGAAAAAGAGUAUUUUAUGAGAGUAUAAAACACGGAGCUAAAGCUGUCAUACCAGGUUUUGAAGGUCAGCUAGAAGGCAAUGCGUCGGGAAUUUAACGGAUUCUUCAUCAAAAACAAAUAAAGAAACCUUAACUAUGCUCUGUUCUGUUGUGAAACACUAAGGAGGCGGCUAGAGUACGAACGAGAUUAAUAAUGGGGGCUACACGUACACGAAAGAGGUAGGGAGAAACACUCGACCACGUCUCGUGUUCGCCCUACACUUCUUUCGUGCUCUAACCGCUUCUCUCGUGCUUUACAACAAGCCAGAACACAGUCAAGGUUUCUAUACUGUUAAGAAUGGCAGUGAUGAUAAUUAAUAAAGGCCUGCAAUUUAGUAUCAAAAAGACUUAAAUUCAGGCAAAGAGGUUUCACUUUUAUCUCCGUUUUCAGAUAGAAAACUGGAAAUUUUGCGGUAAUAAUUCACACGAGGAUGAUUGCAAUACUGGAGAUGAAGGAGAGUUCGUAGAUGCCACGCUGGUCAUUAAAAGUAAAGGAAAACCCAAGCCUCACGAGGAAGAUGAAAUAACCAAACCAAGAAAGCAUCGCCGUCCAAGAUGCUUCAAAAGAGGGAAGUACAACAAGUGCCCCAAGGAGUUUGAUAUCGGAGGAGGUUCGGAAAUGAUGCUCAGCUCUCAGGUAGGUUAAAUAUGGAUAACGCUUCAAGAAAUUCAGUUUGGAAUGAAUUUAAAUUGAACAAGGCUUUUGGAUCGUUAAUUUAAAGAGGAAUAUUUCCCGGAGCAAUGGAACGUCUGUGUUAAAAAAAGUCUUACUUUUUUCUUGGUUACUGAAUCAUUCCAAUUCUGCACACUCACCUGUGAUGGUAGUUUUGGGGUUUCGCUGCCGUUUUUAUUUAUCUGAUUUAUUUAUUUUUGGCCUGCAUGGGACUAAUUUGUUCAAGUAGUAUACAACUUUCCCCCAAAGGGGAGUUUAAUAGUGGUGGUGGUAAUAUACCGAGACGCGAAGAGUCGGGAUAUGUCAUCUAGAGCUCUUCACCGACCCUGAGGGGGAUAGUUCUUUUAGCAUUUACCAAAUCAGUUGGAUAAAAAUGGAAUUGUAACUUAGGACCUUUGUUUACAAUUUACAAACAUUUUGUGGAUUUUGUCAAGUGAUUUUUACAAUUUUGUUGCAAACUCAGCAUGAAAAUAAUUUUCUUCCUACCAUUUAAACAUCAACAAGCCAAAGUUCGUUGCUUUUCUAGACCAGUUAUUUCUUUGUACGACUGCUUCAUUUAUCGCUCAAAUUUUAUCUUCCGAAAAUGUUUUGAAACGGGAGCGUUAUCUUGGCUCCGGUCGCAAAACAGUGAAAAGCCAAGGAUAUUUCGAAAACUGGAGCCAUAUCAAAACGCGCGAAAAUUGCUAUUCAGUACUUUGGUAAAUACUAACAAUUGCUAUCCCGAACGGAAUUUACCAGUCCCAUGCAGUGUUUACAUUUGCCCAACCAUGAACCGACCGGUUUGACCAUGUCCAACCUCAUUCAUUGGGCGGAUAUCAGGCUAGAUGGGAUAUCGAUCCAAUUUUAAGUAACGAGUACCGUUAAAAUCCGGGGGAUUAUAAGCCGUUGGGCUCAUGCAUGGGGGUUUUGGAUGGGAUACACGCCAUGAAAACAACGUCUAAAUACAAGCUGAUAAAAACACGUAUUAUAUUUCACUGCAAUUAAAAAUUAAAAAUUAUAACUUUAAAGGGGAACUUAACAAAGCGAUAUACGGUUGAACCCCGUUAAUACGGUCACCAAUAGGCCAAAAAAAUUUGGCCCUUUUAACGGGAUGGAACGAGGGGUUUUUUACAAGAAAACGUAUGGCGGUUUUUGCCAGGCGGCCGGAAAAAAAGUGGCCGUAAGGCGAGGUUUCACUGUGUAUAUAGACACAUGCAGAAAAAGGGGAAGGCUUAUAAGCCGGGGUUACAACUGAUAUUUUACGAUAUUGAUAUUAAGUGGCUGCCGUUCAAACGAUAGGAUAAACAAGACGCUCCGCUCCUUAAGGCACCUAAAUCAGAGCGCCACACCUGUUCUUUACUCAAGUCGCCUCCCCCGUGUAAAAACAUCCUAGUCGUAGAACUUUGUUCCUUUUGAUUUAGGUAACGGUCGACAACGAAAUACGAGACAUGCCAGGGAAUGGUGACUAUCCGAAGUUCAUAGAAAACGAAAACAAACAGAAAUUUAUUUUUCGUUUUCCAAAAGCUGUCAGUAGAAUUCUUUAUGACCCUGGACUGGAAGUAGGAGAGGAUUCCGGCUGUGGCUGUGCUAUACCUCUUCACUUGGCUGAACUUUUGUUCCUUAUCUUCUCUGGUUCCCUUUUGGUCUCUUGACGAGUUUAAGUGGAUUAUGAUUGGACACGCUUUAUUUACCUAAAAAGUGCGAAAAGGGGAAAUUCGUCAGUGACGUUUCAGCAUUUAGAAGUUACCUCAGUGCACGGUUGUGUUGGGCUUACAGUCAGUCUUUUAGACGUUUGUCCUUAUUUCAUUUUCGUCUUUAUAUGGUGACAAAUUAGGCCACUAAAGAAUUAAAGAUUUUACUUGAAUAUCAGCAAAAGUCUCACCUUGUCUUGAAAGUAAGAGCGGCAGUCGAAUCACGUAGAACGUUUGAGCAUUUCGGAAUUGUUUCCUCCCAGAAUUCACAAAUAACAAGGUAAUGAGCUGGACAGGUAAACAGAGUUCCUUUCCUGAUAUCCUAGGCAAUACAUAGAAAUAUUCGAACUAGGCUCUUCCAAACUGCCGUGGACCAGUUCACCGAUGGCAUAACUAGCGGCCUGCAGUCGACAAACAAACAAACCCGUUAGGCGGACGGACCAUUAGAAAAGUGAUAGGGGGGGAGGGGGAACAAAAAAAAAUCAUGCAAGGGAAAAUGCCAAGAAAAAAAAUUCAUGCAAAGAAGAAGGUAAAGGAAAAAAAUUCAUGCAGAAGGAAGGUCCAAUUGUGACUUUUUCAGAAAGUCUGAGUUUCAGAAAUCAACAAUAUUACCAGGCACAAUAUGAAUAAACAAAAAUCAAGAAGACAAUUAGAACCUUGUUUUUGUUUUAAAUUGCAGCUAAUGUACCUACAACAUACACUGUAUACUGUAUUAUAAUAAAAAUAAUAAAAUAAAAUUUGUAAUAAAUAAAUAUUAGAAUUUGGUAGCUUUGAAAAUAUUCUAUAAAAUUAUUUGUGCCCACAAUAAAAAUUAGAGGAUGGGUCUUACCGCCUUGAAUAAGAAUUCUAUGAUGGUCUCAAUGGGAUUAACCGAUAGGCGUAAAACGGCCAAAAAUUUAGUCGAUAGCCGUAAAAAUUGAAAAAUUUUAACCGUUAGCCGUAAAUAGGGUGAAAAAGAGUUAACCGUAAAAGAAAUUGUUACCUAGAUUUGCUACUUUUAAGGAAGGUGCUAAACUUACUUAUGGUUGCGUUUUUUAUUUCCCGGCUAGUGUGACUCCGUACGCACGUUAGGCGAAGCGCCUUUUAGGUGUUAACCAAGACCUAGGCACAAACUAGAGCUAGAAAUUGAUCAUCCGUCUGAGACUAGCCCGUGUACAGUCGCGCCCUCCCCACAGACACCCCUUCUCCGAUUUUCUGGGGGGGGGGAGGGGGCGGCUGUACACAUGCUAUCUGGAGCGGAUAAUCCCGUCUUCAAAAGUCAGGCGGAUUGUUCAUUCAAAAUGAAAACAAUUCCAUUUUCAGAUUAAGACGUAUUACCUAUGUGACGCGAAUCAACAAACGGAUAACCCGUCUCACACGAAUAAUCCUUCUCUAGUGUGAAAACGGCCAUUUCUGUUAUGAUGAAUGUCGCGCCCCGGCCUUGAGUUGGGCGUUUGCGUGUCUGCUUUUGCUUUUUCACGAAGAUUAUUUUUAAAUUGACUAUUGACAUUUCUAUGUGUAAAAUAAUAUUAGAAGUGGAACACUUUAUAAAAAGUAUGAUAUAUAAAAUGAAUAGCUUAUUUCAUCCCGAGAUGAUCCGAAGACCUUUAUUUUGAUUUAAAGAUACAAAAAACUACGGGUUAAUUAAUAUUUAACUUUUUGAAACAAAAGAAGUUAAUUUUUAACUUUUUCGUUAACCGUAACUGAAAAAAAUUAACUGAUAGCCGUAAAAGAGCCAAAAUUUUAGCCGAUAACCGUAAAAGCCACCACCCCAUUGGGAGCCUCUUCUAUACUAAAAUGAUAAAGUGCAUUCACACGUAGUAGUAAGUGUUAAAACUUUAACUGUCAACGACAUAAACAGCAACACUGCCACCGGUACUUUUAAAAAAAAUUAAGAACCACAAAGUAUGGUUUUCAUUGGCAGUCAGUCUAUCUGCAACAUACAGUGUAUCCUGUAUUAUGAUAAAUAUCAUAAAUACAUUUAAUUAUCCAUAAACAGUUUUAAUUUUAAACUUAUAAUGUCAGUGGACAUCUUCCCCCGUCAGGGCAUUUUGACAGAAUGCAGCCAGCUACCAGACUAUGUGGAACUCUCACACGAAAGGUGAGUCUUACAUUUAUUCUAUUUUUUUUAGUGAAAUAUAGCCUAAGUUCAUUUAAGUUAUUACAGAGCACCAUAAAAAUUAAAUGACUUUUAACAAUCAUUUUAUAUUUCACUUUUACUAAACAGGUACCUUCUUUUUGGAUUGACAUUUUGGAGUGGAGGGACACUACAGAGGGGUUUUUUUGGUGAAUGGAGUAUGGCAUUAUUAUGAUGGGCUGUGGGAGAGGAAUUUCAAAGGGCAGGGACUGAAAAAAUGCACAGGGAAGCCGUCCACUCCAAGUGGCUUCCUCCUCUCUCACUGUGUGUACAUUUUUGAAAAGAUUUUGCAUUAAAGUGGCCUGUAUCCUUUGAUCUGUUGUGAGUGUAGAAUGAUUUAUAAAGCACAAAAACAUAGAUAAUGAAUCAAGAUUUCACUGUUCAAAAAAAGCAAUAUUUGUCUGAAAAAAAAAUUCGUGCAGAGGGGUUCACCUGAAAAAAAAAUUCCUGCACAAGCAGUGAGCGAAAAAAAAAAUUCAUGCAAGCUGAAAAUUCUCCACACUCCCUCGCUACUUACAAAAUUGUGGAUCAGUCGGAACAAAACAGCAAGAGAAGCGGCGUAUUUAUAAAGUACAAGAUCAUCGCUAUCACAGCUAUAGUUUUGCUAGUUGUUAUAACUGCUUUGGUUCUCUUAGCAGCCUUCCUUGGUCCUGGUCGUAAAAAGUUCACUUCGGUGGAGUGUAGUGAAAACACUGGUGAGACGCAAGCAUCUGCUAAGUCAGGUGAGGUUCAGUAGUGACCAAGGUGGCUCGGUUGACCGAGGUGUCAGUUAAUAUUAUACGACCGAUAAAAUCUGCUGAGCGUCUUUUAAAUACAUGUAAGUGUUACUUACGUUUUGGCAUUACUGCCUUCAUCAGAGAUCCUUUUUGCUUAAAACAGAUCAGUUUUGUUCGUUCAUACGGAGGGCGAACGAAGUCAAGCCCUUGAAAGCGGCUUCUACAACAACCGAGAUGUCGUUCAUACAGACAGUUCGCAACCACGAAUCGCUCUCCGUUGAAAAGACAUCGCUUUCAUUAACAUUUAUCGGUCUAUUUGGUUGGUUUAUCGUCAAGAUUUUUUUGGAUCAUGACAGACUAUAAAUCGUGUUCGACCAUAGUUGCGUGACGUUGGAGGUCAGUCAAAGAAUAAACAAACAGUCCUGACACAUAGCCCUGCGAGUACUUGUUAUAAGGAUUGCUUUGGUUUCGGGAAAUGCGCCUCUGUAAUUUCGGGUUUUGUCGUCAGUUCAUGUAGGGACGUGUGCCAGUACAGUUUGUGUUUUGGAUAUCGAAUAGCACUAAGCACUAAGUUGGCGAUAGCGAGAAGGAAAAACAUAAGCUUCAGCUAAAGACCUUUGCUUCAGCUGAUGUUAUACAAGAUAUACCCCGGAAGGGGGAGGGGUGGGUUCUGGGAAAAUUCGGAUAAGACGUAGUCACGCAACGGGACAUCCAAAAAACGGCUGCGAGGGAGACUAGAUAAGAUGUUUCACUAACGAAAGAACGAACAAACGAAAGAGUGAGUGAGGUUAUAAACUAAUUAUAAUGAAAGCAUAAGUAUGCAAGUUUCUUACUCGCUAGGCACUGGUUCAACCAUGCGGAUCCUUAUUAUAUUAUUAUAUUUAAGAUCUUGAAAGUAUUUUCCUGUGACGUCUGUCAGUAGAUGCUGUUUGAAGCUGGUGGAGCUGUGUUUAUAUCAUGAAUUCAAAGAUAUAUUUGACGAAAAUUGGACAUAAUUAUUUGUUGUUGCUGUUAUAAACUUCCGUCCUCCUUUUCCCUGCAAGUUUUUUUGUUGUUGUUGUUUUUGUUUGGUUUGGUUUGGUUUCGUCCGAACGGGAAAUUCAUUGCACGACAUCUCCGACAUCUCUUCGUAACUGGAUUUGUCAAAAACACUCUUACAGUCACAACCCUUCUGGUCAUACCUCCGUCCGCAAGCCUUAACCGACAAUGCAUCCACCAGGCAUACUGGUUAUCAAGCCUUUUAACUUCCCCAAGUUUGCAUUGCAGGUGACGAGACCACUCAGCUGUCAUGUGACGUGGCCAUAGUCGGUGGAGGUGUUUCCGGUCUGUAUGUAGCCGAAAGUCUCCUCAGACUCCAGAAAGAGACUGAUGUUUGUUUGUUUGAAAGAAGUGAUCGCUUUGGUGGACGAAUACAUGAUUACUCUUUUCAACGAAUGCCUGGUGUCCCAGUCAGUAAGUAGUUUUGCAAAUGACAUUAAGACGGAAUCGACCAGGAAAUUGAGUAUAUGUAAUUUUCAGUGGACACAAACCUUGUACCAGAAUAAUUUAAAGAACAAUUGCAUUCUUUUUUUACAUUUUUCAAGAGCUUAAGAUGUAAUUAGUCAUCUGUAAUAACACCAAAGAAAAUUUCUCAUGGGAGCCCGAGAAAACGAAUGUCAAAUUUCACAAGAAUUGUGAAAACACAGGCAAAUUCUGAAAAUUUAAUGCGUAAGAUGUAAUUUUGACAUUCAUUUUCGCAGGCCUCCAUGAGAAAUUUUCUUUGGUGUUACUGCAGAUGACCAAUUAAAUCUUUAGCUCGUGAAAAAUGUUCAAAAGAAUGCAAGAUGCUUUAAAUUAUUCUGGUACAAGGUUUUUGUCCACUGAAAAUUAAAAUACUCAAUUUCCUGGUGGAUUCCGUCUUAAAUAUUUCCGGUUUGGAAAUUUUUGUGCUCUGCAGAAAGUUUCAAACAGGACUUGAGUUCACAUUAGACAGGUAAUAAACAAGAAUUAUUAGUCCUUUUGUGGGUGAUCAAUCCAUCCUCCGAAACGUGGGUCGCUCCAUUCAGGGGCACCCAACGACAAUCUUCGGAAAAUACCUGUUCGGAAGAGGAUUUGAGAUCUAGAAUUUUCGGAACAUUUGUUGUAAAAUUUCUUGCUUGGCUGCCUUUCCUAGGAUUUUCGAACAUCUAAAAAAUGGUAUAAUUGUCUAUUUAAAACGGAUUUUUACCCUAAAAAGGUCACCUAGAAUUUCUGGGAUCCUUUUUUCUGGCUGGAAUUUUUGAAAAGGUAAGUUUUGAUCCCUAUAAUUUUCGGAUCACUAGACUUUCAGCUAGGAAAUCCGAACAGAUGAAAAAUUUUUAGGGGAUAAAAAUAUGCCUAUAUCUACCGUUUGACACUAAAUGAAUCGGGGUUAUGAUAGGAGGUAUCUUCCUUAAACAGGGUACAUGUAGCUAUUUUAGCCUUUUCUCCUGUUUGUGUACUUUAAGGUCUGGGCGCGUGGCGAGUGGAAGAAACCCACUCAAAGGUUUGGUAAGUAACAUUCCAUAGUUACUGCUGCAGCUACUCGAAAACAAGCGAUUCUUAUCAUUAUAUCAACUCCUUGCAUAUCACGUAAAAAUUAUUCGUAUUUGUUAGAAAACGGACAGCCUCUCCGUUUUUCAGCGGCUACCGCAGGAUCUUUCUCACUUCCCCCAAGAAAUUCUCUAACUCCACCAGUUUUGUUUUGUUUUGUUUUGUUUUUUUUGUUUGUUUUCUGUUGCCGCCGCAGUUGUUGUUUGUUUUUUUUUCCGUUUCCAAUUUUAUUUUUAGAGACCUUUAGAUUAGAGUCGAAGAUCGGGCGAGGACGACUACGAGGACUACUUUGACUUUUUCUCGCGUAUUCGCAAACAAUAGUCAACCCCGGAAAGCUUUAUUUCCUUCUUUUACCAGAUACAUUAUGUUGCCCAGUAUCCGGACGGUACCAGUAUUCGGACACUUGAAACAAAAACUCAAUUUUUGAGGCGCCCUUUUCAGUUCUCGGUAACGAAGUAUUUCGAAUGAAAGCUGAGCAUUUCAGCUUUAAGAUGAAAGUUUUGGCGAUUUGAAAGCUUGCGAAAGAGUCGCAGAAGACGCCGUUCUGUUCAGGGGAGUAAACUUUUCAUGGCUAAUAUUUACGCUGUUUACUGCGCAGUAAAAUUAGUGCUGCCCAGAAAAGGGAGGGUAGUGUGUGAUAUUUUCAAAGAAACUGUUUUAUUUUUAAAGUGAAGAUACUAAAGGAAGUCAGGUUUUCAGAAAGUUUAUUAAUUCUUCUUGAAAUUCGAUUUGUUUGGAAUAACGGAGGCCAGAAACAUUCACUAAGUAUUGAUGUCAGGUGCCCAGUAUCCGGACAGUUUUUCAUUUGCUGUACAGAAUCGAUGAAUUAGCUGUGUACAUUAUCCGGAUAAGAUUUAUCUCAUAUCAGUAACUAUAAUUAAAGCUUAGGAUAUAUGAUAUAGUCGUAAAAUGAAAUUCUACUCAACUCCGUAUGGAAAUUUUCUUCACUCAUUCAGAGGCGACUUGAUUUCGUGUGCACGGCUUAUUUCGCGUGACUGCAUUUUCUAUAUAUAACCGAAAGCGUCUGAGUUGAACUUGGAAUUCUCAUACUUUCCCCAGUUGUGACUGCUAGAAUGGGGUUGCAACGGUCUGAAAAAUGUCACAAAGGGAUUGAGAGGUGUGAAAGAAGAAGGAAUUAGUGCUAGAAAAGCAGACUUAUUGUUGGGUCUCAGCAUGAAGAAAUCAACACUGCAGGUCAGACUAAAUAGGAGAGUGACCUUUGACCGUCGGAUUGAGGUCCCUUCCCCAAGCUCUUUUUUUUAAAUAAAAAAUAAAGAAAAAAUGUCGUUUGCAGAUUGGCUAAUUGAGCUUACAAACUGCGGCCUCGGCAUGUCCACGGAUGCCUUCCUUAAACCAGUGAAAAAGUUCCUGGACAAGGAAGUAAGAAUUAUACCAUUUUUAAAACAACCGCUCGCGUUCCCCACCAUACCCCAGUCAUUUGUUGUUUUAUUUCACGAUGCUAGUUUAUUUUUUUGGAAUCGAUUGUCAGUCUACUUUGCAAGUGCAAGAGAAGUUUAUAAGUCGCUUGCCCGUCGAAAUUUAUGUACAAUUACUUUGUUAUUGUUGUGUCCGGGUAUUGGGCUAGCUUUCCGGAUACUGGGCAACAUAGGAGCUCUGCAAAAAUAUUAAUUUCGCGAUGGAAACAAGGGCAAAAAAGUUAAACUGUCUUUCGUCAUAUUAAGGACUAAAUAGAUUUUCUCUGGGCCAAAUUUCAGAGCUCUUGCGAUUAACAAAGGAAAGUUAUUGCAAUCUUAAACUGAAGUGUCCGGAUACUGAGAAACAUACUGAUGAAAAUUCUAGCAUUUGAUGACUUGUUUUCGCAGUGAGGACAAUUUACAGUAACUAUAACCCGUAGUAGAUUACAUGACGACGGCUUUGGUCCACGCGCGCGCUCUACUUAGUAUAAAGAAAACCAACAAUAAUCAUGACAACAACAAAUUUUGGUGAAAAUUGGAUAAUUAUAUAACUAAUUACAUUACUUCCCCACAAGCAAAUAGCUUAUGAACUAAUCGAGGCGGGGGAAGCUGAAGACAUAUUACAAGUACAAGGUUUAUCAAACAAUUAGUACCUCGUAGUGGUCCUCGCGCGUCUUAAUAGAAUCUAAAGGCCUCUAUUGAUGUUUUCUGCCUUACUUAUUUAGGGACCUACUUAAACGUUUUGGCAUAUCAGUCAGCUAUCUUGCUAAAGACCAUCACAACAGACUAGAGGCGCGGGGAAUUUUUGCCACUGACUCACUAAGCCUUAAAGAAGAAGCAUUUCCUUCUCUGAACCAAGGACCAUUUCAAAAUGCAACCUAUGAACAGAUGAUGGGGUACUUAAUUGGUAAGGGGGAAAAAGCAAAGGAUUUUGCUAGCUUUUAUGACUUUAUCACGGAGUAUCUUACACCAGAAGGUUUCCAGUUAUUUGCGCACGUCAAUGGAUGGCUACCGAACUAUUACAAUCCACCUGAUGCUAGAAGUAUUGUUGACUUAUUGUUAAUGCAUGCUCGCUUUAAAAAUUUCUCGAGACCAGAUAGCGGAUUAUCAGCAAUAACACGAGCUUUAGAACUGUCUGCUACGGAACUUGGUGCAAAACUUUACAAAAACGAAAAAA